GUGCUUCAACAAUCUCAACUUAGAGAUCAGCUCGUUCAUGGCAUCCUCUCAACUCUCAACUCUACGACAUAUACAUAUCGGCGAAGCUCUUCGUCAGGCCUCUCCUCCCACGCAAAAGAUACACACAGAUUCUGAUGUUUCUUUGUGGAGACGGACGCGCGGGUAUCAAGACUACGGAUUAUUCCUACGCCGUUUGAAUGAAGCAGUUGUUGGACAUUCUCUCCCAUGGUCAUGUUUAUCCCCAAGCGAGGCUGUGAACGCGGUCAUCGGCCUGCUUGAUCAAUUGGAUCUCUGGAUAGAUGAGAUACCACCCCUGUCGACACCGCAGAGGUUCGGAAACCUUGCGUUUCGAACGUGGGGAAAACGGUUAGAGGAUCGCGCGGACGGUCUCUUGUCUUCGUUACUUUCCCCGCAAUUCCACCCCGCAAUCCCGCAUCUCAAACCGUAUCUCCUGACAGCUUUUGGAUCUUUUGUUCGGAUGGACUAUGGAACAGGCCACGAGACCUCGUUCGCACUCUUUCUGCUCUGCCUGACACUCAUCCGGUUCCUGCGAUCCGAUCCUGACGAGGAACGCCAAAUUGUAUUUGAUAUCUUCAUCCGGUAUCUCAGGGUCUGUUGGCGCCUGCAGGACGUGUACAAGCUUGAGCCUGCGGGUAGUCAUGGUGUCUGGGGCCUAGACGACUCGCAUUUCCUCGGGUAUAUCUUUGGCAGCGCGCAACUUCGAGACCAGACCGAAAUACCCGUGAACGCUGUACUGAGACCGCCUCUACCUGCCACGAAUUUGUACUUCAUGUCGAUUAUGCGCAUACACGAAGUCAAGCACGGUCCCUUCCACGAACACUCCUCUCAGCUGUACUCUAUCGCCACAGGUGUUGCACAUUGGGGAAAGGUCAACUCUGGCUUGUUUAAGAUGUAUGAAGCAGAGGUGCUCGGAAAGCGGGUCGUCGUGCAGCACUUGCCUCUCGGCGGCCUCAUAGAAUGGAACCCGGAGGCUGGAGAUACCCUUCUUGCGAGAAUCGCAUCACCUGUUUCUCGAAACGCGGCGCCUCGUGCUGACGGCAGUAUUGCUGGCACCAGGGCACCCUGGGCGUCAAAUACGCCCACUUUGCCCAACAUCACUGGUGCCACAUCUGUGCCGUGGAGCAACGUUACUCACCCUUCAACCCGCGACGCUCCUGCGAUUGGUGACUAUCCUAACUCCACGCAAUGGAACGCCUUUUCGCGCGUGCCGCCCUAG